UCCGUAUUGUUUUGUUUACUCAACAAUAAAUCUUACUUUUAUCAUUAUCGCUGAUCACUGCCACUACUACUAUUGUCCAAAUUCUAAUCCUAUUUCUACAAGGAAUAGGGAAAAAAGCAAAAUUUUUAUAUAAAAGCGUUGAUAGUACGAAGAGAAGCUGACGAGUUCGGCUCCAUAAGGAAAAAGCAAGCCUCUUGUCUUCCUUCCAUUCAACUUCAACGACCAUUCAAUUCAAUUCGUUUUUACCUCAGUCAAGAUUAAAGCGUCGUCGCAUAAAGUGUAUAAUAUAUUGCGAUGGAAAAUUGUGGGGACCGGAAGCCUGAACCUUCUUCAUCUGAGCCUGAAUCUACUGGGGUGGCGGUGACAGAGUCUCAGCCUGCUGUGGAGGCACAUUUGACGAAAGCCUCUUCAUCAAUGAUCCCGACAACUUCAUGGUUUACCCCAAAGAGGCUACUUGUUAUAUUUUGCUUGAUUAACUUGUUAAACUAUCUGGACCGAGGAGCAAUAGCAAGCAAUGGAGUUAAUGGAACUCAAGGAACUUGCAGGAAAGGUGGUAGCUGCACGGCUGGUACUGGAAUACAGGGGAAAUUUAACUUGAACAAUUUUGAAGAUGGAGUUCUAUCGUCCGCUUUUAUGGUUGGACUUCUUGUGGCUUCUCCAAUAUUUGCGUCACUAGCUAAGUGUGUAAAUCCAUUUAGACUCAUUGGAGUUGGGUUGACAGUUUGGACUCUUGCAACUAUGGGUUGCGGUUUUGCUUUUAGUUUUUGGUUCAUUACACUCUGUCGCAUGCUAGUUGGUGUUGGUGAGGCAUCAUUUAUAAGUCUUGCAGCUCCUUUUAUUGAUGACAAUGCCCCAGUUGCUCAGAAAACAGCAUGGCUUGCAAUAUUUUACAUGUGUAUACCGGCAGGAUAUGCACUUGGCUAUGUCUUUGGUGGUUUUAUUGGAACUCAUUUUGGGUGGCGUUAUGCAUUCUGGGUGGAGUCUGUAUUGAUGAUUCCAUUUGUUAUUAUGGGAUUCUCUAUGAAGCCUUUGCAGAUGAAAGGUUUUGUUCCUUCUGAAUCAAAAAAGGCUGUGGCGCCUGAGACAGUUGCGUUAAAAGCUCAAGAUACAGAGUCUUCAAAUGGCAAAGCUGACUUGUCCUUGAAGUCAAGGGUUGAAGAUAAAAGCUCACAUGAACCAUCCAAGUGGUCAAAAUCAGCUAGCAAUAUAUGGAAUCAAAUCUCAAUAUUUAUGAAAGACAUGAAAGCACUUUUGCUUAAUAAGGUUUAUGUCAUUAAUGUUUUAGGUUACAUUGCAUACAACUUUGUCAUAGGUGCUUACUCAUAUUGGGGACCCAAAGCUGGUUAUUAUAUAUAUAACAUGACUGAUGCCGAUAUGAUAUUUGGAGGAAUCACAAUUGUAUGUGGAAUAUUGGGCGCAUUAGCUGGAGGCUUUAUUCUUGAUUACAUGACUAACACCAUAUCAAAUGCAUUCAAGCUUCUUUCAUUGACGACGGCUAUUGGGGCAGCAUUUUGUUUUGGUGCAUUCUUAUUUAGAAACAUGUAUGGCUUCCUUGUUCUUUUUGCCAUCGGUGAACUACUUGUUUUUGCCACUCAGGGUCCUGUGAAUUAUAUAUGUCUUCAUUGUGUUCAACCAAGUUUGAGGCCUCUAUCAAUGGCAAUGUCCACUGUUGCCAUCCAUAUCUUCGGAGACGUGCCAUCUUCGCCACUUGUUGGAGUUUUCCAGGAUCAUGUUAACAACUGGAGAACCACGGCACUGACUCUAACUGCUAUCCUAUUCCCGGCAGCUGGAAUUUGGUUUAUAGGUGUAUUUUUGCGUAGCGUUGAUAGAUUUAAUGAAGAUGGUGAAGCGCAAAAAUCAAACACCACUCCAUUGCUUGAAGAGAAUAAUCAUAGUGAAGAUAUAUCAGCAUCUGCUCCUCCUGUUCCUCAUCACCAACAAUGUUGAUUCUAACUGUUUAUACGUCCACCAUUCAACUGUAAAUAGCAUUCGUUUUAUUCUUUUAACACUUACACGCUUUUUUGUUGUGUUGUGUUAAAGGAACAGGAGCAUUCUGAGAUUCAAUAUUAUAAUGUAUCAUUGCAUUGGUAUGUGAUGUUUAGCAGCUUUCAUGAGUGUAAA